GUGGCUAAAGUAUUUUUUAAUAGAUCGCCACGAUUUUCGACGCACCGAUGUAUUAUGGGUAGUAUAGUAAGAAAAUGGCCGAUAAAAUUUGUUGAUCGGUUGUGUUAAAGAUAGUGUUGAUUUAAUCAGUGUCUUCAUUGCAAAUAAUUGGAUCUCUGACUAAAGUGAAAUUUAUUUAACUUUCAUAUGGCAAAACGAAUUUUGUAAUGUCAGACUGGAUCUGGACAAAGUGUAGACAUUGGACCUCGAAGUCUACCUAGCGUUAGACGUAGAAAUGAGCUCUUUGCAAAGAGUGAUUGAGACCAUGGAAGAGAAAGGACUUCAAGAAGAUCCACGGUAUUUUCAAUUACUUGCUUUAAGGGCUCGGCAAAGGAACAACAUGGAAGAAAAACAAGCCUUCACUAUACAACAAUUACAUCAAUUGCGGUUACAAGUAAUGGCAUAUCGAUUAUUGGCAAGAAAUCGACCAUUAUCGCAACAGCUUAUGCUUGCCAUUCAAGGUAAAAGGCAACAUGCUCCUGUGAAUUCAUCUCAAGGACCUGCUACAGCCUCAAAUUUAAUUGGUCCUACAAUCUCUUCAAAAACAAGUUGCCAAACAUGCCCUCAAACAGGUAUCAAAAGUAACAAAGUGACAUACGUGAAAAAACCACCUGGUUUAGAUCCGCUGCUCAUUUUACAAGAACGUGAAAACAGAGUUGCAACGCGCAUAGCGUUACGCAUGGAACAAUUGAACAGCUUGCCGACUAAUAUGCCGGAAGAUCUUCGUACCCAGGUUCAAAUUGAACUACGAAUGCUCAGGGUAUUAAAUUUGCAAAGGCAACUACGAUCAGAGGUCCUGGCUUCUACUAGAAAGGACACUACUUUAGAAAGUGCAGUAGACAUAAAGGACUACAGACGUACGAAAAAGCAGGGUCUUCGAGAAGCUAGAGCUACCGAGAAGCUUGAAAGACAACGGAGAUUAGAAAUUGAACGUAAACGCAAACAGACACAUCAAGAAUUAAUUAAUUCUAUACUUCAACAUGGUAAAGAUUUCAAGGAACAUUAUCGGAAUAAUAUGAUGAAGUUAUCCAGACUCAAUAAAGCUGUGCUCGCUUACCAUGUAAAUGCUGAAAGAGAACAGAAAAAAGAGCAAGAGCGUAUCGAGAAAGAACGUAUGAGACGUCUGAUGGCGGAAGAUGAGGAAGGUUACAGAAAAUUGAUUGACCGAAAGAAAGACAAACGAUUAGCAUUCCUGUUGUCACAAACAGAUGAAUAUAUCGGCAAUCUAACUGAGAUGGUAAAGCAACAUAAAAUAGAACAAAAAAGAAAGCAGGUGGAGGAAUAUAAGCUUAAGAAGAAAAUAGAAAAACAACAAGAUAACAAAGGAGAUGAAAAUACUCGUGUUGGAGUGAUUGAAAUAGCUACUGGUCGCACAUUAACUGGUGAAGAAGCUCCAAUAAUGAGUCAACUUUCAGCAUUUUUAGAAUUCCAUCCAGGAUGGGAACCGAUCGAAUCAGAAAGUGAAGAGGAAGAUGAAGAAAAAGUUAAAGAAACAAUACAGAAAGCCAAAGUAGAGGAUGACGAAUACAAAACCGAAGAACAUACAUAUUACAAUAUUGCACACACUGUUCAUGAAGUAAUAACGGAACAGGCAUCUAUUAUGGUUAAUGGAAAAUUGAAAGAAUAUCAAAUAAAGGGCUUAGAAUGGCUAGUUUCAUUAUUUAACAAUAAUCUGAACGGUAUACUUGCGGAUGAAAUGGGUCUUGGUAAAACUAUACAAACAAUAGCUUUAGUGACUUAUCUCAUGGAGAAGAAAAAAGUUAACGGGCCAUUUCUUAUAAUCGUUCCUUUAUCAACGUUAUCAAAUUGGAUGCUAGAAUUUGAGAAGUGGGCUCCCAGUGUUGUAGUUGUAUCAUAUAAAGGCUCACCAAGUAACAGAAAAACCAUUCAGUCUCAAAUGAGAGCUGCUAGAUUCAAUGUUUUACUUACUACAUACGAGUAUAUUAUUAAAGACAAGGCAAUUUUAGCAAGAUUACAAUGGAAAUACAUGAUUAUAGAUGAGGGACAUAGAAUGAAAAACCAUCAUUGCAAGCUAACUCAAGUGCUAAAUACCCAUUAUUUAGCUUCUUAUCGACUCUUACUGACAGGAACUCCAUUACAAAAUAAAUUGCCUGAAUUGUGGGCAUUAUUAAAUUUCUUGCUUCCUUCGAUCUUCAAAUCUUGCAAUACUUUUGAACAGUGGUUCAAUGCUCCGUUCGCGAUUACUGGCGAGAAAGUUGAACUAAAUGAAGAAGAAACUAUUCUCAUUAUUCGUCGAUUACACAAAGUAUUACGUCCUUUCUUAUUAAGACGUUUAAAGAAAGAAGUCGAAUCACAGUUACCUGAUAAAAUAGAAUAUAUCAUCAAGUGUGAAAUGUCUGGACUGCAAAAGGUUCUCUAUAAACAUAUGCAAAGCAAAGGUGUGUUGUUAACUGAUGGUUCAGAAAAAGGGAAACAAGGUAAAGGAGGUGCAAAAACUCUGAUGAAUACUAUCGUACAGUUGAGGAAAUUGUGUAAUCACCCAUUCAUGUUCCAAGCUAUCGAAGAAAAAUAUUGCGAGCAUGUAGGUACGCAGGGAUCUGGUAUUAUUACUGGCCCUGACUUGUAUCGCGUAUCUGGGAAAUUCGAAUUGUUAGAUCGCAUUCUUCCAAAAUUAAAAGUGACAAAUCACAGAGUAUUAUUAUUCUGUCAAAUGACACAGUUAAUGACAAUUAUGGAAGAUUAUUUAAAUUGGAAGGAAUAUAAAUAUUUACGAUUAGAUGGCGCUACGAAAGCUGAGGACAGGGAAAAUUUGCUGAAGAAAUUCAAUGAUCCUGGUUCUAAUUACUUUUUGUUUCUGUUAUCAACGCGUGCCGGUGGCCUUGGGUUAAAUUUACAAGCCGCAGACACCGUUAUUAUUUUUGAUUCCGAUUGGAAUCCACAUCAGGACUUGCAAGCGCAAGACAGAGCACACAGAAUUGGUCAAAAAAAUGAAGUACGUGUACUCAGGUUGAUGACAGUUAAUUCAGUCGAAGAAAGAAUAUUAGCUGCAGCUAAGUAUAAAUUAAACAUGGAUGAAAAGGUUAUACAAGCAGGAAUGUUCGAUCAGAAGUCCACUGGUUCUGAACGGCAACGAUUUUUACAAAGCAUUCUGCAUCAAGAUGAUGCUGAAGAUGAAGAAGAGAAUGAAGUGCCGGAUGAUGAAAUGGUUAAUCAGAUGAUCGCACGGACGGAGGGUGAAUUUGAAAUAUUCCAGAAAUUAGAUUUAGAACGAAAACAGGAAGAAGCGAAGCAAGGUCUAAACAGAAAAUCUCGUUUAUUAGAUGAAACUGAGUUGCCCGAUUGGCUCGUAAAAAAUGAUGACGAAAUUGAAAAUUGGACGUACGAAAAAGAUGAAGAUACAUCCCUUGCGCGGAGCUCGAGACGAAAAGAAGUUGAUUAUACUGAUCGUUUAACUGAGCAAGAAUGGCUCAAAUCAAUCUACGAAGAUACUAUUGAAUAUGGAGAUGAUGAUGAUAACGAUGAUAACAGUAAUGAUAAAAAGAAAACACAGAAACAAAAGAAUAAGAGCAAACAAAGCAACCUUUCUCCGUCAAAAAAACAAAAAAGGAGCGCAGUUAAUCAAAAAACGAAACAAGUUUUAAAAAAAUUGCUCAUGGUAGUUGUUAAUUAUGCUGAUAGCACAGGCAGGGUUCUUAGCAAACCAUUUAUGAAAUUACCAUCCAGAAAAGAACUACCAGAUUAUUAUGAAAUUAUUAAAAAGCCGUUAACUAUCAAUAAAUUGCUUCAAAAUAUCGAGAGAGGGAAGUAUGCCGAUUUUGACAAACUCGAGAAAGACUUCAUGCAACUCUGCAAAAAUGCACAAAUUUAUAAUGAGGAAGCUUCUCUUAUAUAUGAAGAUUCCGUUGUUCUGCAAUCUGUUUUUAUGAAUGCACGUCCAUAUAUCGAAAAUGAAGAUAGUAAUUCUGAUACAGAUGAUACAGGAAAGAGCGGAGCUGAAGGAAGCCGAAGAAGAAAAAAAUUGUAUCAAAUGAGGAUGACGUCGAUAAUAACUGAAGAUUAUAAUGUACAGUAUGUAAAAUUUAGUUCUAAUUAAUACCAAUAUACUGUACCUUGAAGUAGAAUAUAGAUAUGUAUUAUUUUAUUUUUUUA